AUGGAAACAAAAGCAGGUUCAACUAUUGGUAUGGCUGGCAGUUAUAAUCAAAACUCUGAUCCUCAACUUGCUAUCAUUAAUUUAAUGAUCCCUUAUAUUCAUUUGGGUAUUGAUGAAUUAGACAUUUCACCUUUGUCUUUGAUUAUUGCUGAUUUUGGUUCAUCCCAUGGAAAAAACUCAAUAGAAGCUAUGAAAAUAUUUAUUAAUUACCUUCAAAAAACAAAUAAACUCACUGCAUCACCUCUUGUCGUUCAUAAUGAUCUUCCAACAAACGAUUGGACAACACUUUUUCACCUACUUGCAGACGAUAAAUCAUAUCAAGGUGUUGCUAAUGGCUAUUCAUUUUAUGAGCAAUGUCUUCCAGUCAAUAGUCUUUCAAUAGGCUUUACAGCUUCUUCAAUGCAUUGGUUAUCGAAAAUACCUUUUAAUAUUACGAAUCAUUGUUUUCAUGCGUAUGCUGAAGAACAUGAACGUCAAGCAUAUAAACAUCAAGCCAAACUUGAUUUCAAUUCAUUUAUAGAACAUCGUUCUCGUGAGCUUGUUUCCGGUGGUAUACUUGUACUUAGUAUUCCGAGUUUUGAUGAUCAAGGAAUAGAAAGUAUUAGCAAUUAUUUCGAUCAACUGUACAUAUGUGCUCAAUCAUUUUUCAAUGAACAAGAGCUAUUGUACUUAACAGUCCCUAUAUAUCUUCGUUCAUUAUCUGAAUGCCUCGAUUAUGAAUUAUUCGAUCGGUGCUCAUUGAAAUUGAUUAAAGGUGAAUUAAGUCGAUUAAAAUUGCCUAUACUUGAACAUUAUCACAAUGGUCUGUUGACAUUUGAUCAAUUGAUAAAAAUAUUCACAAAAGUGUUUCAAAGUACAAUGGAACCUUUAGUUAUGCAGAUAUUGAAAAAAAAUGGACGUUCAAAAGAAGAAAUUGAUCAAAUAUCAAGCGACUUUUGGAUGGUAUAUGAGGAAAAGCUAAAGGAAAAACCGGAUUCAGUUGUCAACAGUAAUCAAUAUGUAUGUGCUUGCUUGAUAUUGAAAAAGACAUAA